AUGAAAGAAUUAGUAAGUGUUGGAUGUAUCAAAGAAGCAGUCAAAACAAUCCUGAAAGCAUCUCCAAACAAAUUCUUCUGUAUCUUCCUUCUCAUCAUACUCCCUCUUUCAUUUCUACAAUUCAUGUUGGAAACUAACAAUCUGGCACUGGCAAUCUGUAUUACCGAUGUUUAUGACAAAUCAUCACCUGAGUAUCUUUAUGCCAACUCAUUACUUCCGUAUGAACAAAUCGUUGGCACAUAUUCUAGCGCCUAUUUCUUGUUGAAAUUGAAGUCUAUCCAGUACUACUGUGUCUCCCUUGUUUUGUUCUUCGCCUUCUAUCUUCUAGCCAUCUCUGCUACAACCUUCACUCUAGCUACUUUUUACCUUCCCAAACCCUUGUCACACAUUUCUAUUCUUUCAUCUGUUCCUGGUAUCUUCAAACGUCUUGCAAUCACCUUUUGUCACGCCGUACCCUUUGUUUUCCUGAACUACAUAGCUUACUUGGUGGUGCAUACUUUGUGUUGUAUGAUUCUUACUUUGAUUCGCACAACACCCGAAAUUGAUCAGGUCCUGGUAUCUGUCAUAGGUUUCAUCUUCUUUCUCAUCUAUCUUUCAAUCUUCCUUGUUGUUCAUGGGCGUUUUAUAGCAAGGUGGAACUUCGCUAAUGUGGUUUCGGUUGUUGAACCGGACACAUAUGGUUCAGGAGCCAUAAAGAAGAGUAAAAAACUCUUGUGGGACAAAAAAAUCAUACUUGCAAUUUUAUACCUUGCUGUUGCUAUUGAUAUUGUUUGUUUUGGAAACUGGGUUAUGAGCCAUGAUAUGAACAUCAAAGCAAGGGUAUUUGUCUGUUUCUCAUCUGUCAUGGCACUGGCAGUGGUGAACUUCUUGGGGUUAAUUGCUCAAAUUCUCAUGUACUACCAAAAUCAAGUGAUUGUUCUUAAUGAAAGCGGUUUACAGGUGAAUGGGAUUGUUUUGGCAAAAAUGAGGAGGUUUGUUCGUAAUGAUAAUCGUGUGGAAGGCAAUCAGUUGGAGGUUUAA